AUGCCGUACACUCUUGAGCAGGUCAAAACGCACAACAAGCCAGACGAUGUCUGGAUCGUGCUGCAUAACAAGGUCUACGAUAUUACGAAAUACCUCGAGGAUCAUCCGGGCGGAAGUGCUAUCCUGCUUGAGGUUGCCGGUACUGAUGCUACCGAUGCCUUUGAGGAGGUCGGCCACUCCGAUGAAGCCCGCGAGCAGCUAGAGCCGUUCUACGUGGGAGAUCUCCCGGCUGAGGAACAAACUGAGAUGAUCGAAGUCUAUCGUCCCACCUACCAACAAGUCUCCCAGGCCGCCGCCGUGAACGUACACAAACCCUCCUUCUGGACAAAGGUCCUGCGCGCCAUCACCAAGCUCGGUCUGACCGGCCUCGUUGGAACCGCGGCCGUGACAAUCUACCAACAUGACCUCACUCCUCAAGUCCUACAAGUCCUACGCAACUCCACCGGCAACGGCACCAGCUACAACGGAUCCUUCUGGACCGGCGCCGGCAUUGCCACCAUCAGCCAGCUCACGAUAACCUGCAGCCUCGGCCUCUGGCUGUCCUCGAAGCUCGACGUCCAGCAAGAAUUCACACACUAUAAACCCCGUCGCGCAACUCACGCCGCAACCCUCAUUCCCCUCCGACGCACCACGCAGACCCCAGCAUCCCCUCCCAUCCUACACCCCAAAGCCUGGCGCUCUCUCCCCCUUUCCCAGAAGACCGAAAUCGCCCCAAACGUAUACCGCCUCGUCUUCUCCCUCCCAAACGCAACAGACACCCUCCCCCUCCCAAUCGGCCAACACAUCGCCGUGCAAGCGCAAAUCAACACCCAGGCCAUCUCGCGCUCCUACACGCCCAUCUCCUCCCCCACCGACGCGGGCCAGUUAACGCUGCUCGUGAAAACCUACCCCAACGGCAAAAUGACCUCGCACAUGGCCUCGCUCUCUCCAGGCGAUUGCCUCUCCUUUCGCGGCCCCAAAGGCGCAAUGAAAUACACCCGCAACCUCGCCCGCACAAUCAACAUGAUCGCCGGCGGCACCGGUAUCACACCGAUGUACCAGGUCCUCCGAGCAGCGUGUACCGAUCCCCUCGACGGGACGAAAAUCAACCUCCUCUAUGCGAACAACACCGAGCGGGAUAUCCUUCUCCGGGAGGAGCUUGAUACCCUGGCGCGGUUGUAUCCAGAUCAACUGAACAUCAAGUAUGUGCUUAGCCAGCCGGACGAGGAUGGAAAGAGCAAAUGGACCGGCUAUCGCGGCUUCGUGAACGAAGACAUGAUGAAGAGGGAGUUUUCGGCGCCCGCGAAGGAGAAUAGGUUGUUUCUGUGUGGACCGCCGGGGAUGAUCGAGGCUAUGAAGAAGGUAUUGGGGGGGUUGGGGUGGACGGUUCCUGGGGGGUUGGUGGCGAGGGGGGAGGAUCAGGUUUUUGUUUUUUAG